AUGGGCUCCGUGUCCAACCAGCAGUUUGCAGGUGGCUGCGCCAAGGCGGCAGAAGAGGCACCCGAGGAGGCGCCGGAGGACGCGGCCCGGGCGGCGGACGAGCCUCAGCUGCUGCACGGUGCGGGCAUCUGUAAGUGGUUCAACGUGCGCAUGGGGUUCGGCUUCCUGUCCAUGACCGCCCGCGCCGGGGUCGCGCUCGACCCCCCAGUGGACGUCUUUGUGCACCAGAGUAAACUGCACAUGGAGGGGUUCCGGAGCUUGAAGGAGGGUGAGGCAGUGGAGUUCACCUUUAAGAAGUCAGCCAAGGGUCUGGAAUCCAUCCGUGUCACCGGACCUGGUGGGGUGUUCUGUAUUGGGAGUGAGAGGCGGCCAAAAGGGAAGAACAUGCAGAAGCGCAGAUCAAAAGGAGACAGGUGCUACAACUGUGGAGGUCUAGACCAUCAUGCCAAGGAAUGCAAGCUGCCACCCCAGCCCAAGAAGUGCCACUUCUGCCAGAGCAUCAGCCAUAUGGUAGCCUCAUGUCCGCUGAAGGCCCAGCAGGGCCCUAGUGCACAGGGAAAGCCAACCUACUUUCGGGAGGAAGAAGAAGAAAUCCACAGCCCUGCCCUGCUCCCGGAGGCGCAGAAUUGAGCCACAAUGGGUGGGGGCUAUUCUUUUGCUAUCAGGAAGUUUUGAGGAGCAGGCAGAGUGGAGAAAGUGGGAAUAGGGUGCAUUGGGGCUAGUUGGCACUGCCAUGUAUCUCAGGCUGGGGUUCACACCAUCACCCUUUCUUUCCUCUAGGUGGGGGGAAAGGGUGAGUCAAAGGAACUCCAAUCAUGCUCUGUCCAAAUGCAAGUGAGGGUUCUGGGGGCAACCAGGAUGGGGGAAUCACCCUGCAACCUGCAUACUUUAUCUGAGGCUCCAUUCCCAGAAUUUCCAGCUUUUGAAAGUGGCCUGGAUAGGGAAGUUGUUUUCCUUUUAAAGAAGGAUAUAUAAUAAUUCCCAUGCCAGAGUGAAAUGAUUAAGUAUAAGACCAGAUUCAUGGAGACAAGCCACUACAUUCUGUGGAAGGGAAUCUCUCAGGAGUAAGCAGUGUUGUUUUUUUUUUUUUUUCACAUCUUAUAUCCUCAUACCCACGUUUGGGAUAGGGUGCUGGCAGCUGUCCCAAGCAACGGGUAAUGAUGAUGGCAAAAAGGGUGUUUGGGGGAACAGCUGCAGACCUGCUGCUCCUGUGCUCACUCCUGCCCCAUUCUGAGCCAAUGUGAUUUUAUUUAUUUGCUCCCUUGGAUACUGCACCUUGGAUCCCACUUUCUCCAGGAUGCCAACUGCACUAGCUGUGUGCGAAUGACGUAUCUUGUGCAUUUUAACCUUUUUUUUCUUAAUAUAAAUAUUCUGGUUUUGUAUUUUUGUAUAUUUUAAUCUAAGGCCCUCAUUUCCUGCACUGUGUUCUCAGGUACAUGAGCAAUCUCAGGGAUAAGCCAGCAGCAGCUCCAGGUCUGCGCAGCAGGAAUACUUUUUGUUGUUUUUGCCACCAUGGAGAGCAACUAUUUGGAGUGCACAGCCUAUUGAACUACCUCAUUUUUGCCAAUAAGAGCUGGCUUUUCUGCCAUAGUGUCCUCUUGAAACCCCCUCUGCCUUGAAAAUGUUUUAUGGGAGACUAGGUUUUAACUGGGUUGCCCCAUGACUUGAUUGCCUCCUACUGGAAGAUUGGGAAUUAGUCUAAACAGGAAAUGGUGGUACAGAGGCUAGCAGAGGCUGGGCCAAGUGAAAGGCCCAGAGAGCAAGCCAAGAUUAGGUGAGGGUUGUCUAAUCCUAGGGCACAGGACGUGUUUUACAUCUCCAGAUCCAUUCUUCACCAGAUAAGGCUAGGCCUACCAUGCACCACAGGGUGUGUGUGUGUUUGUAAAACUGCAAUUGCCAAGGAUAAGUUUUAAGACCAAUACCCCUGUACUUAAUCCUGUGCUGUCCAAGGAUGGAUAUGUGAAGUAAGGUCUCAGAUUCUUAACCUGUCAAAAUUCUCGGGUUCCAGGGAGACACACAAGUGAGGGCUUUGUGGUGCCUGGGGCCUGUGUCCUGCCCUGCUGCAGUAGUGAUUAAUAGUGUCAUGGUAGCCAAAGGAGAAAAAGGGGGUUUCGUUUACAUGCUGUGAGAUCACCGCAAACCUACCUCACUGUGUUGAAACGGGACAAAUGCAAUAGAACGCAUUGGGUGGUGUGUGUCUCCUCCUGGGUUCUUGUCUCCCCUAAAUGCUGCCCCCCCUCUAGUUAUUGUAUUUGUCUGGGCUUUGUAGGACUUCACUAAGUUGAUUGCUAGGUGGCCUAGUUUGUGUAAAUAUAAUGUAUUGGUCUUUCUCCGUGUUCUUUGGGGGUUUUGUUUACAAACUUCUUUUUGUAUUGAGAGAAAAAUAGCCAAAGCAUCUUUGACAGAAGGUUCUGCACCAGGCAAAAAGAUCUGAAACAUUAGUUUGGGGGGCCCUCUUCUUAAAGUGGGGAUCUUGAACCAUCCUUUCUUUUGUAUUCCCCUUCCCCUAUUACCUAUUAGACCAGAUCUUCUGUCCUAAAAACUUGUCUUCUACCCUGUCCUCUUUUCUGUUCACUCCCAAAAGAAAACUUACACACCCACACUCAUACACAUUUAACACUUGGAGUGUCUCCACAACUCUUAAACGAUGUAUGCAAAAAUCCUGAAGCUAGGAAAACCCUCUAUCCCUUGUUCCCAACCACCUAAGUCAAGACCAUUACCAAUUCUUUUUUUUUUUUUAAGAUGGAGUCUCACUCUAUCGCCCAGGCAGGAGUGGAGUGGCAUGAUUGGCUCACUGCAGCCUCUGCCUUUUGGGUUCAAGCAAUUCUGCCUCAGCCUCUUGAGUAGCUGGGAUUACAGGUGCCCACCACACCCAGCUAAUUUUCAUAUUUUUAGUAGAGAUAGGGUUUUACUGUGUUGUCCAGGCUGGUCUGGAACUCCUGACCUCAGGUGAUCUGCCCACCUCGGCCUUCCAAAGUGAUGGGAUUACAGGCAUGAGCCACCACGCUGGGCCGACUAUUGAUAUAUUCAUGCCAAACACUGUAGCCCGGGCACAGUGGCUCACGCCUGUAAUCCCAGCAUGUUGGGAGGCUGAGGCGGGUAGAUCACGAGGUCAGGAGUUCAAAACCAUCCUGGCCAACACGGUGAAACGCUGUCUCUACUAAAAUACAAAAAAAACAGCUGGGUGUGGUGGUGCAUACCUGUAGUCCCAGCUACUCGCAAGGUAGAGGCUGCAGUGAGCCGAGAUCGCAUCACUGCACUCCAGCCUGGCAAGACUCCAUCUCAAAAAAAAAAAAAAAAAGACACUGCUGUAUUUUGGAUGGAUCAAACCUACUUAAUUUUUAAUCCUAAAGUAGAGAGAUGCAACUGGGGCCUUCCAUGUAGAAAGUGGGGUCAGGAGGCCAAGAAAGGGAAUAUGAAUGUAUAUCCAAGUCACUCAGGAACUUUUAUGCAGGUGCUAGAAACUUAUGUCAAAGUGGCCACAAGAUUGUUUAACGGGAGAUGAACGAAUGUAACUCCAUGUUUACUGCUAGAAACCAAAGCUUUGUGUAAAAUCUUGAAUUUAUGGGAAGGGAGGGUAGGAAAGCCUGUACCUGUCUGUUUUUUUCCUGAUCCCUUUCCCUCAUUCCUGAACUGCAGGAGACUGAGCCCCUUUGGGCUUUGGUGACCCCAUCACUGGGGUGUGUUUAUUUGAUGGUUGAUUUUGCUGUACUGGGUACUUCCUUUCCCAUUUUUUAAUCAUUUUUUAACACAUGCUGACUCUUCCCUUCCCUUCUCCUUUCCCUGGGAAAAUACAAUGAAUAAAUAAAGACUUAUUGGUACUCAAA